AUGCCGGGCCGUGGCACCCCGGUGGAAGAGGAGGACCCGUCGGGCGGCGCGCUAUCCGGCAUCCCUCUCAUCAGGAGGGGUCGGGCUCUCUCCGGCGACACGGGUCUGAAACACCUGCGUCGGCUUCCGGAGAGCGCCAUCGCGCCCGUGCAGGCGCCGCCGACGGACGAGGCGGUGCUCGAGCGCGUCUCCGCCGUGCUGCGCCGGCACCCCUCGUUUGCGCGCCAGAUUGUCAAGCACCUCAAGACGGCCGGGCCUUCGCCGCCGACCACGCCUCCGACCACGCCUCCGGGCGGGGGCUCGCCGUCGCCGUUCAAGGUGGUGGAGCGGCGCGCGUGGUUCUCGUCGCCCCUCUCCGCCUCCCGCUCCAGCGGCGGCGCGACGACGCCCGCAGCCGCCUCUGCGACCGGAAGCGGCUCCGCCUCGAUUGGCAAGACGGGCCGGUCGACGAGCGCGGUGGAGGGCGCGCCGUCGACGCGGGGGUGGAGGCCAGUGUGGCGCCGCUCCUUUUACGUCGUGACCACCCUCUCCCUCGUCGCGCUCUCGCGCCAGGUCUACACGGAGCGGCGGAAGCGACUCGAGUACGAGACGCUCAAGGCGCGCAGCCGGACGUUUGGGCAGGCCGUGCGCUCGGCGCUGACGAUGCAGACGGGCCUCAUCGUCGUCAACCUCGUGCUGGCGGCGCGCGGCGUGCAGAUCUGGAGGCUGAUCCACAACCUGCAGGUCAUCGAGUGGGUCCAGCGGCUUGCGCCCGCGAUGCCGGUGACGACGCGGGUGGUCGACGGCGUCAAGGCAACAGUCGGGACGUAA